GCCUAGCGCCAGGUCACCUGACGGGAUUGCUGAGGGCUGCUGGGAGAACUGCCAUUCCGUUUGAGGCGAUAGAGGCGAAAAAAGGUUGACAUUCUGCAGACUUUUUUCCCAUUUCUUGGCGGACUUCUGGUGUUUUAAAGCCGUGUUACAAGCUCUUCUGACACAAUGGCGUUGAAAAGAAUCAAGAAGGAGCUACAGGACCUGGGACGGGACCCGCCAGCACAGUGUUCAGCCGGCCCGGUCGGGGAUGAUCUGUUCCACUGGCAAGCCACCAUCAUGGGGCCGCCGGACAGCCCGUAUCAGGGAGGGGUUUUCUUCCUCACCAUCCACUUCCCAACAGACUACCCAUUCAAGCCGCCAAAAGUGGCCUUUACAACCCGAAUCUAUCAUCCCAACAUCAACUCCAACGGUUCUAUCUGCCUGGAUAUCUUGCGUAGUCAGUGGUCUCCGGCGCUCACAAUCUCCAAGGUCCUGUUGUCCAUCUGUUCCCUGCUAUGUGACCCCAACCCAGACGACCCCCUCGUUCCGGAGAUCGCGCGGAUCUACAAGACGGACAAACCGCGGUAUAACGAACUCGCAAAGGAAUGGACCAAGAAAUACGCCAUGUGACGCUGGCCUCUUGUACUACUGGGAAGAAAAAAGGAAAAAAAAGGGAGAGAAAAAAAGGACACAAAAUACCUGGCAGGGUGUGUGGAAUCACAUUAUUGACUGAGAACUGAAGUCUUUAUUAUCAUACAUUUAAUGUUACGUAGGUGCAAAGAUAUUAAACUGUUUUCUUUGAUUUUGUAGUUACAUCUCCAAUACAGUGUUCAAAAAGAAAAAUAAGGACUCACUCCUAUGAGAUAACAAGCAUCAACUUCAAUGUGUUCUUGAUUGGAUUGAUAUGUAUAUUGACCUUGUUUUAUAUAUUGAGGGGGGAAGCCAAACACUUGAAUAUGGAAGAAUGAUGGCUGUACUAACUUUCUUAGAGUCACGUUAUAACUGCUGGUCCAACGUCACUUACCUUUGUCAGAAUGGAGACAAGCAAGCUGCAGUUUACACAUACUUGUAAAGGAGCAUAUGUAGAGGUUUCAAUAUUAUGGAUAGUAUAAAUGUGAUAGAAAUGGUAGGAAAAGCUAGGCCAAAGUUCAGAAACCAGACUUCUGUUUGUGAGGUUCAUGCCUGUACGCAUCUCUCAGGGCAAGAUUGGACCUUGACAAGGGAGUUUCCACCGGGGAACUUUCUCAUGUAUGUGAAUAUAUAACAUACCAACUAUCUCAAGUUCACAAAGUUUAUCAUGUCCAACAAAGGACGUUAGUACCGACGCGUGAGGACAGAGCAGCUGAUACAAUGUGUGUUUGUUAAUGAGUAGCUCACUUAUAGUAAAGACAAAAGCUGUGGUAGAGGUUUUGUAACAAGGAAAGUCCUACGACGAACAAUGCCCUCUUAUGCGAUUUUACAGAAAAUCAGUUUUUGAUUAAUGCUUUGAAAGUUAUUAUGUAACCAUAAUACUGAUAUUUGGUGACACAAUCAUCAUGACUCUAAGUUAUGAUGAUUAGAUACAAUCGUUAUCAUAGUCUAACACUGCACAAGUAAAACAACCAACAAAACAGCUGAUAUACUCAUUGCCAAUUUUGUAUACCAGUGGGAAGAGAUUCUCCUUAAGGGGGCAUUGUCAUGUCUGAUACCCGUUUAAAAAUCCAGGGCACAACUGUUUGAAUAUGUAGAUGAAGUCUGUCAGAAAACCAUUUUGAUUUGUCAAGUAUUUUGCAACUUUUCCUAAGCUCAAAGCUUUAGCAAACAAUUACAGUAUCGUUUGUUGUUUAGUUGCAAGCUGCCUAUAUUGUUGAUUUUAUAUGCAAUUCCUCAUAUGCAUCCCCCUUCUUUUGUAAAUGUAUUAAAACAUGAACAAAUAUUCCAUGCUGUUAUAAUUGUAUUGGCUGCUCUAUGCUGUCUACCUCUGUACUGCCAACCAUGUUUUUUGAGACUAAAUCAUAGUAAAUGUGCCACACUGUUCUAAAGCAGCUACUAGUAAUGUCCAUAUAGUCAGCACACAGAAACAUCAAAUUAUUGCAGAACUGACUCUAUCGUCACUGUGAAUUCUAUAGUUCAGAUUGAUAUUGUAAACAGGGAUCUUUUUUUGUCAAUUUUGGACAGAAUUGUAAAAUAGUCCUGUUUUUAUUAUAGUAAGACAUGCACACUUUUAGGCACUUAGUAAGAAAUAUGAUGGCCAUUUGUCAAACCUUCGAAUCACAGUAAACUGCCCUGAUGUUUUAAUACGUGUUAGAAAUUGGUUACAAUGGUUGCUAUAGCACAUCUUGGCUACAUGCAUAUGUGUGAAGCAAAUUGUGAUUAUUAGAACUUGAGUUUUCUUUAUAUUCUGGUGUUGAGAUGCAACUAGCAAUAUCAACCUUACCCCCCACUUACUCCAAACAAGUACAUAUUCGUCCAAAGUAAGUAAAGAAAGUCUUGGCACUAUCAAAUGGGUGGACUUUGCAACAUGAAUUUCCAUUCCAGAGUAUGUCAAUAUUGAUGGCAAGGAAACAUAUUGAUCGAACCUAAGCUUUUAUACCAUGUUUUGUGCACAGGACCAACAUAUGUUUCAUUGCAUGUUUGCAACUUUCCAAAAAAAUAAAAAGGGAAGCUUUUCUUGAAUUUGAUGAAGAUAUACCAAAGGGAAGCUGACCACUGGUAUGAGAAGAAGAGAUGUUGUAAGGUUUGGAUUAGGUGUUAAUUAUGUUGUGCCAGCUGUAACAUACUAUAUUUCCCCUUGUACAGACAACAGGGAUUCAUCCCUGAUAAUAGUAGAACACAGGGUUUCCAGUGGUCAGCUCCUUGUGUGUAGAAUAAGGUGUUUCAACUGCACAUGCAAAGCAAAGUGCAUUGUGGGUAACAUGUCAAAGGUGAAAGCCCCUCGCAUGUAAACAGUUCUUGUCAAGACCAUGCGUACUACAUGUCCAAACAUAUGUUUAUGUCUUAGGAGCCAUCACCUUUGACAUAUCACCCAUGAUGCAGUUUGCUGCGCAUGUGCAGUUAGAACCAUGAAUUUUCUUAUUGCCUGUGGCUAUCCUUCCUCCCCUGUUCCAACCAAACUUCCUGUGCUCCCUGCCAACUCAAGUAAAACCUUAAUCUGUGUCUGGCAGUAUUUAGUAGACUCUUAGAGGUACACCUUAUGAUAUAUGCUCUGUAAUAAGUACUCAUUUUGUUAAUAAACUUGUUGAGAAGGUA